CUUAUCUAUCUGUGCCAUCAAGAGGAAAAUAGAAAGGCAGCGGUAUUCACGCUCUACGGCAUCAGGCGCUAACCUUGCGUGUCAUACCACACUCAUUCAGCUCUGUCGCCCCUCCGAGAAUGACGGACGAAGAGCCCUCGUUGAACAUUCCUUCACUCCUUACACUCGCCGUCGUUUCAUUCUUUGUGAUUCGAUGGUUCUUCAACCGUGAUAGUGGUGCAGACGGCGCAAGGCCGGGAGAAGCGCUGGGUCGUACGCGGAGGAGGGUCGAUCCGGCGCAUGUCGAGCAGAUAUCGCAGAUGUUCCCGCAACUCAACAGGCGUGACAUCAUGUGGGAUUUGCAGAGGAAUGGAGGAAGCAUGGCAGCGACUACAGAGAGAAUAUUGACUGGUAGAGGACUGGAAGUGCCCCCGCCCUCCUUCCAGCCCCAGAUCCCUGUUCCUACCACCAGCACUGCAACGACUCAGAAUCCUUCGGCCUCCGGGUCGUCCGCGAAGCCGCAACCCCAAGACCUCAUAUCGCGCUACAACCUCGCAUCGAAGAUCGCAUCGGAGAAUGACAGAGACUCAUCAGAGACAUCCCCGUCGGUGGAUAGCGCAUGGUCACAGAGCAAGAGUGAGCGACAACGGCUCCUCCAGAAGCGGAGGGAUGAGAUGAUCCUGGCGGCGAGGAGAAAGUUACAGCAGAAGGAUAAGGAAACAAUGAUGGCCGCCUAAUGUGGGCAUUCUGAAUGUGAACAGCUCUUCUAUCGUUUCCUCGCAAGCUGGCUUCUCUCAUCUAUUUGAUAGCAAGAGCGCGCAUGCUGUAUGGCGUUUCAUUGGAAUGAUCUUUUUAUU